AUGAUAAAAACUACCCCAAGAGGAGGAACGCAACUGGAGCUCCAACAUGGCAAUCACUCGAACCUGGCUCCCAGUGGUCCGGAUAACAUCAUCGUCAAUGGAUACGAUGCUUAUGAGGGCAAGGCUCCCUACGCGGUGGGUCUCCGUCUGAGCAAUGGAGCCUUGGGCGGAGGUUCGAUUAUUGGCAACACCUGGGUCCUGACCGCCGCCCACUGUCUAACCACCGACUCUGUCGUGGUCAACUACGGAUCCAACAGAGGAUGGGACGGGCAGAUCAAGCACACCGUCGGCAAAGACAACUUCUUUCGUCCUUCGGGCUUUCCCAACACUCCCGGAAAUGACAUUGGAUUGAUUCGCACCCCACACGUGAACUUCAAUAACCUGAUCAACAAAGUAGUCCUGCCCAAGUUCAGCCAGAAGGGGGAUCGCUUCGAGAACUGGUGGUGUGUCGCCUGCGGCUGGGGCCAAACCGGAAACGGGCAAGUGGCCAAGUGGCUGCAGUGUAUGGAUGUCCAAGUGAUCAGCAACACGGAGUGCGAGCGAACCUAUGGCAAAGGCAAUGUGGCCAGCACGAUCAUGUGCACCCGCACCACGGACGGGAAGUCCGUAUGCGGGGGAGAUUCCGGCGGAGCACUGGUCACUCACGACAAUCCCAUGCAGAUUGGUGUCAUUGUCUUUGCGUCUGCCGGAUGCAAAGGAGGUCCAUCGGGCUACACUCGUGUUACUGACUUCCUGGACUGGAUCCGACAAAUAUCCGGCAUUGCUUAUUACUAGCCAAAGACAGUCCACUAAGAAGUUAAAUAAGUUAUAGACUGGCUUCUUUCAUGUAAUAUGUAUGAUAACCACUUUAAAUAAGGCUACAUAUAAUAAAAUUUUAGUUGGCUAGGGAAUUUACAACAAGAAACAAGAGACUAGCUUUAAAAUCUAGGGAACACAUACAUUUCCAUGUAAUGUCCCAUUAUUGGUGUGUUUAGUUAAAAUAGUUUGUAAAUGGAAUUUUAAAGAGAAAUGGAUAUUUUGCUAUUUGCACACUCGUAAUCAAUAGACGAUUUUAAAAAGGGAAAUUAAUUCCUAAUUAAAA